AUGGAAGUAGAUGAUGGCCGCUUCAAGACAGCUUUGACAUUUCUACGAGAAGGGAUCCAUGGAGAGCAGUCGCAUGGAGAUCGUGAAGAAACAAAUCACUUUUCAAUCGCUUUACAUCAUCGAGCCGGACAGACCGUCGCAAUUGCCAAUCAAGCACACAACGAGCUCUGGAACAAUCUGCACAUCUGGCAGAAUAACAUCGAGGACGAGAUUGCUCACCUCGAAGACCUUGAAAAACGUUUGGACAAACGCCAGAUGUUUCUCAACAACAACACUGACGCCGUUCAGGUGUUGAUCGAAGGAAUUGAAGGACGCCGUAUGGCGACAAAGAAACAACACGAGGAAAGCCGAAGAACGAGUAGCUCGCGCUCGGGAAUGCGGAAACGUUUAUCCGUGGAGUGCUCGUUCACCUCUGCAUCGGAUCCGACUCGAGCCGAGAUGACACCCACCGAAUUCAAGCAGACACCGGGACCUGAGGUGAAGAAGCACAGAACGACUUCCGUUGUCUCUCCCGUGCGACUGCCUCUUCCCGCUUUUGCAAUCAGUGCGGAUUAUCUACUUGUUCUUUUCAAUUUGGUCAUCUUCUUCGCCUUGUUCGGUCGAUUCGGACUUUUUCAUGGAUACGACGGGAGCCUCGACGUGCCCGAAUACGACUUUGGAACGCUUGCCUUAGUUGAAACUCUGAUGAAAUUGUGGGAUUUUAAAAAAUGGGUUCUG